AUACAGGCCUUGAAUUCAGUGAAAAUUUUACCCUACACCCUAGUGUAGGGUGUGUUCCCUACACCCCCCCUAUGCUACGUCGUUUUGUAGCUGGUAUUGAGUUCCCUUUUGCGAUUCUUUCCUUUUUUUUUUUUUUUUUUUCCUUUUUUUCUUUUUUUCUUUUCUUCCUCUUUUUUCCUUUUUCCUUUGAUUCUUAUUAUUCAAUUUAUGUAUAUAUAUGAUUUUAAACCCUAUUUUUUCUCUCUCUUCAAUUGAUCAACCAACCUCCAUUUUUGAUCUACAUUUUUCUCUCGCUAAUUCAUCUUCUUCAUUUGAUUUUUUGAACGAAUUCGUUAAUUGUUACCGAUCAUCAAUGGCGAAUUCUGCAUCUGGAGAUUGCGUUGAUUUUGAUCGCGAUUGCGAGCGUGUGUUUCCUUCUGGACUUCGUUUCGUUGAUUCGUUUGUGCAACAAUGUGAGUAAUUGUGAUCAUAAUUUUUCAAUUUUUAAUUAUCCCUAAUUUGUUCUGUUAUAAUGCUCUGUUAAUUUGAACUUAAUUGAUGUAUUAUUAUUCACUUUCGAUUUUUGAAUUUACUACUUUGAUUACAUUAUGAUGAACGUUUUUGGAUUGUUGUACUUUGUAUGAACAUUUUGUUGCUUCAUUUGUUGUUUCAUUUGUUGUUUUCUCUGUGUUUUAGAAUUGUGUGUUUUUGUCGUAUAUUUUGUAGAUUAUACUUUCAAUUAAUCGUUUAUGUUUUCUUAUUCAUUGUUACUAAUGUGUUUAUGUUCAGUCUUAAAGUCAUUUUUGAUCAUUUAUUUUUACAUUUUUAUAUCGAUAUUAUGUGUAGUGGUAAAUAAUGAAAAUAUUGUUCAAAAUAUUAUGUGCUGAAAUUCUUUUUGCAAUUGAUCAUGUGCUGUUUUGAUAUUGAACAUUUUACUUAUUUGUUAUUGUUCAUUCAUGAAACUCUUUAUGAUCAUUUAUAAUUGUAUAUUGUGCAGUGGAAAAAAAAUGAUGAUAUUAUGUAUUUAGAAGCAGAACAGUCUGAAUUAAAGGAUAAAGAAUUUAAAUCUGAAGAUGAAGCUUUCGAAGCGUAUAAUGAAUAUGCUUUUAGGAAAGGUUUUGGAAUUCGAAUUGGGAAGAGUAAGAGAAGAAGAGAUGAUUCUUUUUUGAUGAAAAGAUUUGUUUGUUGUAAUGAGGGAUUCAAAGAUAAUAAGUGUAAGAAUAAAAGGAUUUAUGAGAAGUUGGAUCAUCGAACUGGUUGUUUAGCUUUUGUGCAGUUUCAUAUUGAUCAUUUAGGGGUCUAUACAUGUACAAGACAUGAAAUGGUUCAUAAUCAUGCUAUGAUUCCUCCUGAAAAAAGGCAUUUGAUAAGGUCUCAAAGAGAUGUGAAUAAAGAGCAGCUUCUUUUCAUUUCAACAAUGAAAUUGAGUGGAGUCAAAGUUACUGAUUCUUUGAGGGUUCUAAAGAAGGAGGUUGGGGGAUCUCCUAAUCUUUGUUUUACUGCUUCUGAUGCUUAUAAUGCAUUGUCAUCUGAAAAAGCUGCCCAAAUUGAAGGAUGUGAUGGUAACCAAUUGAUUAAAUAUUUUGCCAAGAGACAUGUGGAUGAGACAGAUUUUUAUUAUGAUUUUGAACAAGAUGAUAGUGGUGCUUUAGUUAGUUUUUUUUGGCGUGAUGGUAGGAUGAUGAGAGAUUAUCAUUACUUUGGAGAUUUGUUGGUUUUUGAUACAACUUAUAGAACUAAUAAAUAUAGAAUGAUAUGUGCUCCAUUUGUUGGGAUGAACCAUCAUGGUAACAAUGUCAUGUUUGGUAUGGGUUUUAUUCUUAAUGAGCGCACCGAGUCUUUUGAUUGGUUGUUUGAUACAUUUUUGCACUCAAUGGGGAGGAAAAGUCCCAUUACAAUUAUGACUGAUCAAGCACAAGCGAUUGCAGCGGGUAUAAGAAACAUUUUUCCUUCAACUGUUCAUCAUCGUUUAUGUGUAUGGCAUCUUGAACAAAAUUCUAAGAAACACAUUGGAGCAUUGAGAGCUUUGGAAGGCUUUACAGAUUUGUUUGGAUAUCUUUUGAAGUAUUGUGAAACUCCUGCUGAAUUUGAAUAUUUCUGGAAAAGGAUGUGUGAUAAAUACAAAUGUGAAAAUGAUGAUUGGUUAUGUGAUUUGUAUAAAAUAAAGGAAAUGUGGUGUCCUGCUUAUUCUAAGAAGUAUUGGUCUGGUGGUAUAUUGUCUUCUCAACGUAGUGAAACUACUAAUAAGUCAGUUUCACAACGUCUUAAUAAGACUCAAGGUUUAUGUGAUUUUUAUCAUGUUUUUCUUGAUGUCAUUUCUGAGUGGAGAAGUAAGGAAGGUGCAAGAGAUUACAAUACUCUGAGGGGUAAUAGGCACCUAGCUUUUGCUAAUAUUGGUAUAUUAGUUCAUGCAAGAUCAUUGUACACUAUUCAAGCUUAUGUUCUUUUUGAAGAGGAGUUCAUUAGGGGGACAGCUUAUGAUCAUGUUGAUAAUGGUUUGCGUUUUCCAGAAUAUUCAUAUCUUCUUUGGAGGCCUGGGAAGGAUAUAAUUAAGCAUGAAGUUGUUUUUAAUAAGGAAACACAUGCAAUUUGUUGCACAUGCAUGUACUUUAGUGAGACUGGUUUACUUUGUUCUCAUUCUCUUCGAGUAUAUCAUUUGCAUUGUGUGCGUAAUAUUCCACAAGAGUAUAUAAUGAAACGAUGGACAAAGGCUGCCAUGUGUAGUCAUGGUAUUGAAGAACCUAUUUUGAGGACAAAUGUUGUGGCUACUAGUGUUUGGAGGUCACAAACAAUCAGAAAGUUUGUUAAGUUGAUAACAAGUUGUCAGAAUUCUUUGAAUGCAAGGGCAGAGGUUGAGUGUUAUUUCAAUCUGUUAAAAGAAAAGGUUGAGAGUGUAUCAGGUGUAAUUGACUUUAGUGAACCUGUUAAAGAGGUUGAAAUUGUUGAUCUUGAGAUCAAGAAUCCUCCAAAAGCUAGGCCUAAAGGUGAGAGGAAUGUAAGGCCUAAGAGUACCUUGGAGAAGCAGUGUAACAAGGCAAAGGGUAAUUUCAAGAGGAAAAAGUCUCUGUACACUCCUUACAAAAGGGGUAUAGGGCAAGCAGUUGUACAGGAACUUGAUGAGAACGGUUGUGCUGUUACUUAUGCUAAUUCUAUUAGUGAUCCCAUUGAAUUGAUUGUUUUGAGCAAUAAACGGGCUCAGGUCGGCUUAAAAUCAGCUGUUGUAGAAGAAAUUCCUUCUAGUUCUAAGGAAUCAAAUCAUAGUAUUUCCAAUGAUUUUGAUCAGGCUACUGGUGAAAGCUCUCUUUCAUCUAUCAUAUCUAUUGAUGUUGAUAUUUCAUCUAUUGCUAAGGCGAAGGAUUUAAAUCUUGAAGGUGUUUCUGCUGUUCAACCUUGUUCUAAUUUUGGUGCAAAUAAAGGUGCUUCUGGUGUUAAAACUUACUCUCAAAUUAAUCCAAGAGUUCCAAUUCAUACUAGUGCGUCAACAAAAUCUCCUGUUGUUAUUCAACCUACUGUUCCCAGGAAUGUUCAAAAUCAAACUCAGAAUUGUUCAAACACCAAUCCAGAAAUGAUCAUAUCCAACUCCAGGAAUGUUCAAUCAACAAAUGUUCAAGUUAUUUCUCCUACGGUUCAAAUAAAUGAUCAAGGAUUUCCUGUUCAGAAUGUUCAAGUUACUCCUCCCACAGUUCAAAGAAAUGAUCAAGGUGCUCGUGUUCCAAUUCUUCAAUCAAGAAAUGUUCAAUUAGGUUCUAAAAAGAUUUCUUCUAAAUAUGAUAGGUUGUUAUCCUUUUUUGAUACAAGUGUAGCUAAACGUUUGGCUAAUAAAGAUAAAUAA